AUGGACGCGCUGGUCGCGGGCCUCGACGCCAUGGGCGUCGACGGCGCCGCCAUGGGCGUCACGGACGCGCUGCUCCUCGCGGACCCGGCCCUCGCGGCCGGUGCGGCCGCGGCGGCCGCCGCGGCGAUGGCCGCGUCGCGCGCGCUGCCGCUCGACGGGUUGCUCGGCGCGCCCUCGUUUCCCAAGAUCUACGAGUCGUGGUUCGGCGACGACAUGGCGGGCGCCAUGCGGGCCGGCGUCGGCGCCGGGCUCCGGAGCGGCCUGCAGUUCAUGGAGGUGCGGACGCAGCCCGUGCCGAAUUUGGAGGAGGCCAAGUUCGGCACGCCCUUGAACGAGCGCUUCCAGAUCGAGGUCGCGCGGAAUCUGGGCCUGAGCGACGGGCCGAGCGCGUACGUCGACGACGAGGCCGCGCGGAAGAACGUGCGCCGCUUCGACAAGAACUACAUGCUCGUGAAGCGGGACCCCGUGUCCUACGCGAACGUCGAGUGGGCGCGGCGCGUCGCCCCGGCCUUCGGGUCCAAGCGGAAGAUCUGGGUCCUGCUGGCCGAGGGCCGCGUCGACACGUCCGGUUGCGCGAAGCUGCCGAAGAACUUCGUCGUCAAGCCGCUCGAGUCGCCGGACGUCGACGUCCAGUCGGGCGACGCCGUCAUCGUCGUCGCGCCGGGCGUGACGGCGUCGUGGACGCGCGGCUACGACAUCGGCGCGGCCGCCGGCGCGCCCGUCGUCUUCCUCAACUCGCAGCUCUCGGAAAAGUACCAGCUCGGCGGGCCGCUCGCGGACGUCGAGGAGGUCUACUACUUGAAGCCCGUGUCCAAGGGCUUCGUCUAUCGCGCGUGGCCCAACCCCUGGGAGGUCUGGCUCGACAAGCCCGACGGGACCCAGGAGCGGCUCAAGGUCUUCAGCGACGAGCGGCCGACGCUCGGGGAGCUGAGCCAGAUCACGCGGUCCGCGAGCCAGUCGAAGUACGGCGCCAUCUUCAACGAGAAGUUCACGAACGACCGGAGCCUCGGGGCGCGGCUGUAA